AUAUACAUUGUAAUAAAAAUUUAUUUUUACAUAAAUAUUAUAUCAUUAUUAUUGAAAAUUUAUUAGUGAUUGAGUUUAUAUGAAACUACAAAAAAUGUAUGAACACAUAGUUGAUAGCAAUUUAUGCGUUGAAAAUAAAUUAAAUUAUCAAUCGGUUAUUGAUUUAAUUAUUGAUCGAUUGCAUACCAAUUCUGAUGACAAUUUAUUUAUUGAUUGCACAUUAAACCGAAAGUGGACUAAAAAGCAAGUGUUGGACUCGAGUCUUAACUUUGCUUACUAUUUGAUAAAUGACUGCAAACUAGCAAAAGGAGAGAUCAUUUGUUUUGUAACCCAAAACUCGGAUAUUCACGCCAUCGGUAUUAUCGGUUCACUGGCCGCAGGACUUGUCUACUGCUGUCAACCGCAUCAUUCAACUGAAAGUGAAAUCAGAGAUAAUGUCAGCAAAAUAAAGCCAUCGGUAUUAGUAUGUUAUGAACAAAAUGUGGAACAAGUUAUUAAUAUUGCCAACAGUUUUCCAUUUGUUAAAAAAAUUUUGAUGACGGAUAAGCCACAAGAUAAUAGUGAACAUAAUAUUGAUUUUCCCAUAUCAUUGGAAAAUAUAUUUACUAUUGAAAGAGAUUAUCAAUUUAAAUUACCCGUUAAUUCACAACUUACCGAAACGGCCACAUUUGUGCUGAGCAGUGGAUCAACUGGACAGCCAAAAGCUAUUAUCAAAACUAAUAAAAAUUUAUUAUCGACUGUCGAGGCAUUAGCGCACCGGGAGAUAAGCAAAUUAACCCCGAAUGACAUAAUGCUUUCGAGUAAUUUCUGUCAUAUAUCAGGACAAAGAUGUCUAUUAUCAACCAUUGAUGGCAACGCACAGUUAGCUAUCAUACGUGUCGAUGAAGAUCUGGAAGACGUCUAUCACAAUAUUCAUAAAUAUAACAUUACAACCGCUUUUUUGAUACCAACACAAUUGAAUUAUUUGGCAAAACAUUGUGACACUAUCGACAAAAACUAUCUUAAAUCUUUAAAAGAUGUGGUAACGGGUGCGGCAUCGUUGUCUGAGACUACCUACCGGUGCAUUGUCGAUAAGUUUGCAUUUGAAAAAUUUCGUAUUUGUUACGGUAUGUCAGAAGUUGGAUGGGUUACACAAACCCCGUUAUGUGAAAUAAAAAAUGUAGACAACAAUUGUAUUGUCGGUAAAGUUGUACCAAAUACUCAAAUCAAAAUAAUUGAUGAAAACGGUAAAUCAUUGCCGGCCAAUACUAGCGGACAAAUAUGUAUUGGGGGUGAACAGGUAACUCCAGGCUAUUUAGAAAAUAAAGAGGAAAAUGAAAAACUUUUUACAGCUGAUGGAUAUUUAAAAAGCGGUGAUAUUGGCUAUUAUGAUGACAACCAUUUUAUUUAUAUAGUCGGACGCAUUAAAGAUGUCAUAAAUGUUGAACGAGUAAUAGUAAGACCGGCAGAGUUGGAAAGUAUAUUGUUAUCGCACAGGGAUGUCAUGAAUACUGCAGUUAUUGGUGUCAAAGAUGAAGAAAGAAUUGAAGUUCCGAUGGCUUUUGUUACUGUUGUCAAUGGAUCUCAAGUGACGCCUAAAGAACUCAUUGAUUACGUGGACUCAAGGGUUAACUACUAUAAGAAACUUAGGGGUGGACUCAAAAUACUCGAAGCAUUUCCUAUGACUUCAUUGAAAAAAAUUAAUAAAUCAGAGUUAAGACGACUCUAUACUUAA